AUGGAGACGCCAUUUCAACACCUGAUCAUACAAAAACGUUUAAACGAAUAUAAGGACGAUACUUUCAGGUAUUUUAAAAGUCACCUGUAUUUAAACAAACAUCCAAUUUCACAAUCAUUAAUGUUUGCUAAAAAUUUACCAUUUGUGGACCGAACAAAUCCCAUGAAAAUAAGUGAUGGUGCAUAUCUGAAACGGAUUCAAAGAUUUACUCAUAAAGAAAGUUCUAAUUCUCCAGAUAAUUUACGUCUAUAUAUUUGGUUUCAUAUUGAAAUUGAUAAGAAAAUAAUAUUUAUCGGUGAUAUGAUAUCGUCUGUUAUCAAACUCAAAGCAUUAGAAAACGAUAUUACAGAAUUUUCAGCAAUUUUACCACUCGAUGAACAUUUAUCAAGACUUGAUAUGCAAACUUUAAAUAGUCCAAAAAUAUAUUUGACAUCAAUAAUCAAUCAAAAUUCUAUUCAUAUUAUUAUGAUUGAUUUAAUUUGUAAUAAUGAAGAUGAUAUUAGUGAUAUACGUGAACAAUUAAAAUUAAAAAAUAUUUAUACAACUGUAUUUAAUGAUAUCAAUAUCUGUAAAGAAUGUCUUUGUAAUCAUAACAAUCAAAUGAUUUUUUUAAUUUUAAUUUCUGAUUCAAAUAACAUUCCAAAUGGUAGUGAUAAUUUAAUACAUUUAUCAUGUAUACAAACCACUUACCUAUUAAAUGAAUUUGGAUAUAUUCAAAAACAAAUAUCUACUGAUAAUCGUAAGAAAAUUGUAAAAAUAUUUAAUCAAAUGUCAAAUUUAACAAACACUCUAUUUAAUGAUUUAUUUAUUUUUAUAAAACAAAUUCAACAUAUACCACCAUUUAGUAUGCUAAAAGUUAAUAAUAAAAUAUCAUUUUGUAAUAUGAAUUCAGACGAUCAUAUACACAAUCACUAUCUGUUUGAAAUAUUGAAUCUAUCAUUACGAAUAGAAAAUAUCAAUAACUUAUUAAUGCAUCGACAUUUAAUUCAAAAUAUACAUUUACAAUUAUUAACAUUAUCAUCAACUGAUGAUUAUCAGGAAACAACAACAACUGUUUAUCGUGGUCAGUUAAUGAACAAUUUUGUUAUUAAAUUAAUUAAAUCAUUUAUGAAAACAAUAUGGUAUAUUGAAUUAGAAUAUUGCAAUAUUAAUGAAAUAAAAGAGAAUUUUGAAAAUGAGCUUGGUCAGUUAUUAUCACCAUUAACAUUUAUUAAUUUUCUAAAUGCAUUAGAUGAAUAUAAUAAAGCUGAAAUUUUUUUUAACUAUCUCUUAGAUAGCUUACCGUCAUAUUUUAUUCCAAAUCGUUCCGUAUUAUAUAAUAAUAUGGGUUUAGUAUAUGGUAUGAAUAAUAAUACUCAAAGAGCAUUAGAAUACUAUACAUUAGCUGAAACUUUUAUGACUAAUUGUAAUAAUGAAAAAACAACAAUAAUAACAAUAGAUCAAACAAAUGUCGUAGUUAAAGAUGGUAUUAAAAAUAAAACAGACAAUAAGCCUCGGCCCCACCCCGCCGGGGUCGGGGUCGGGGACCGUAGUCAGGGUAUCCCCGCUGAUCCCUAUCGACAACAGAGACAAUUGGACAAAAGCCUCCUUGGAAAAGUUCUAUUUGAAAUUGAUGUUAGUGUUGAUAUUCCAAUGUUGGAUCUUUCCGAUGAUAGUGUUCUCUUCAAUAUUGGCAUUCUUUUUCGGAUUGGGAUCGUUUAUCAAAGAUAG